UUUGUGUAUUCGACAUUUGCAUCAGAGUUCUCUCUGACUUACUUGUGGGGUUUAGUGAUAAGAGUUUAGUUUCCAUGGCGGGGGUAGGAAAAGUAAUUAGUGUAUGUUGGUGGGCUCUGAGUAUCAGUGUUGUUUUGAUGGUGGGUUUAGAGGGCUCGCAUUGUGCAGAGUUCAGUGACUUCUUCUACCCCAGUUGGGCAGAGGAUCAUGUCAUGUAUGAGGGGCAAAUGCUCAAGCUUAAGCUCGAUAACACCUCUGGCGCUGGUUUUGCUUCCAAGAACACCUAUCUCUUUGGAAAGGCACAUGUACAGAUCAAGCUUGUUCCUGGCGACUCUGCUGGAACUGUCACUGCCUUCUAUAUGUCUUCGCAAGGCGCUCAGCACGAUGAAUUCGACUUUGAAUUUUUAGGCAACAAGUCUGGGGAGCCAUACAUUGUGCAGACCAAUGUCUACUCACAGGGAGUAGGCAACCGAGAACAGAGGCUCUACUUGUGGUUCGACCCAACACAAGACUUCCAUUCCUAUUCCUUCUUGUGGAAUCGCCACCAAGUUGUGUUCAUGGUUGAUGACGUGCCCGUCAGAGUAUUUGAGAACAAGGAAAAUGAAACGGGAGUGUCAUAUCCACAGAGGCAGGCAAUGGGGGUGUACUCAUCCAUAUGGAAUGCAGAUGACUGGGCUACACAGGGGGGACUGGUGAAGACUGACUGGAGCCAUGCCCCUUUCAUUGCCACUUACAGGAAUUUCAGCAUUGAUGCUUGCGAGUACAAGGGCCCAGCCUCCAUGAGUGCCUGUUCAUCUUCUUCCUCUGCGUGGUGGUGGGAUCAGCCUGCUUAUGCUUCUCUUGAUGGGAAACAGAGCUUUAAGCUGAGGUGGGUACAUGACAAACACAUGAUUUAUGACUACUGCAGGGAUUCCAGCAGGUUCCCCAUGCCUCAGCCAGAGUGUGCACGAAGAACAUAAAUCCCGUUCACUUUUAGAUUGUGAAUUGUGAUGCAGAGCAAUGCUUUACUGCUCAAUGUGGGGCACUGACACAACAUUUAUGCAGAAUAGAGAAAUAUAGACCCCGUGCCUCUUUGUACAGUCUCAGUACUUUAAUAUAUGCAUAUCCAUAUGCGUAGCAGUAAUGUAUAUAUUUCACUUUGGAUUCAUGGUAAUAAAAUAGAUUUACUUGCUUGUCAAGAAAAUCAAACUUUAGUACUA